UACCUCGGACUUGAAUGCAGCGGUGGCAUAUUGCAAUUCUCUUACAAUGGGAUAGGCAUCGAGCUAACCGUCAUACUAGCCGAAGGCCUGCUCCUGAUUGCCUUUAUGAUCUUCAUGGCCUCCGGGUACUUGCCUUCCCGACACGCCCUCGCUAGCCAGGAAUUGCCCGCCGAGCAAGACGUCGAGGAGGAGAAGAAGAGGGUCAACGCUGCGCGCCAGCAGGAAGGGCUUGCAGGCUACUCGCUCCUAGCGUGGAGUCUGCACAAGUGGUUCGGCACCCUGCAUGCCGUCCGUGGCAUCUACCUGGCGCUGCGGCCAUCCGAGUGCUUCGGCCUGCUCGGCGUGAAUGGAGCCGGGAAGACCACCACGUUUCAGAUGCUGGCUGCGUUGAUCAGUGUCUCGAACGGCGAUGCUGUCACCGCGGUAGCCAGGCUCAGCGGAAAUGUGCGCCAGUGGCAGUCGCAGAUCAGCUACUGCUUCCAGCUCGGAGGCCUGCUGGACAGGAUGAACGCGUACGAGUACCUGUACCUGGUCGGUCGGCUGCGAGGCAUCCCUGAAAACGAGUUAAAGCCCAUGAUCGACAGCGUCUUAUCCGUCGUCGAUCUCACAGAGCACGCCUCCAAGGAGUGCGGCGUGUACAGCGGAGGCAACCGCCGAAAGUUGUCCAUCGCUGCCGCUCUGCUGGGCCUGCCGCCGUUAGUGUUUCUCGACGAGCCGUACGCGGGCGUGGACGUCGUGUCCCGCAACAAGAUCUUCAGAGCCAUCGCGGAGAUCAAGAAGCACUCGCAGACCACUUUCGUGCUUACGUCACACAACAUGGACGAAUGCGAGUUUUCUUGCGACCGACUCACCAUCAUGGUCAGCGGACAAAUGAUGUGCCUGGGCACGCUGCAGCACCUGCGCGAAAAGUUCGGUCAGGGCUACCGACUCGAGUUCUUUUUCAAACCCUCUGUCACUUUCGACGAAGCCAAGUUCAAGCAUUCUGUGGAGAAGCAGUUUCCCGGGAUUCAACUCAAGGGCGCCCAGAAGAUUUGCCGCGGGUACGGGUUCAGGAAUCCGCAGCAGGACCACAACUGUGAAGCGGAGUACCAACUCUGCGGCAAAGACCACCUCACGGGUGACAAGAAGUGCAAGGCAAGAUACAAGAUGCCGUACCUGGUCAUUAGGCGCCGCUGGGAGCGACGGAGGAGGGAAGCGGCCAAAGAGGAAGAGUUGUACUACCACAACAACAAAGAAGCCAUAGGGAGCAACAACAACCAUAACCAUAAGAAGGCAGCGAGCAAGCAGCCAUCAAUCGACGAAAAAAUAAACAGGAACAACUAUGAGCACGACCCUGGAAGAGACCGGUCCGGUUCCUUCCCGAGACUCUCCGGGGAGACAGGCCGCGGACGCGGCCUGCCUCCAGGAUCCGGGCCAGAUCAUGGACCAGAUCAAGGUGGAGGCCGAGACAUGGUUCGAGCACUUCUUGUGAGGGAGACGGGAGCAAAGCACAGUCUAGUCACAAUAUCUUCCAUCAAGAACGACCAGGCUCGCGCCAAUGCCAUUGCCGUUCUCCAGCGCUUAUAUGAGGUUCCUGAACGAAGCGCGGCACAGCGUCAGGGGAAGGGGAACAAGGAGGCAAAGAUGUUGAAAGAAAGCGAAGAGAAGGAGAAGCAGCAAGAGUCUCAUCCGAACAUGGAGGAAGCUGGGGACGGAGGCGGUGGCCUGAUGGUGGGAGCGCUUAGCGAUGGGCGGUAA